GAUAAGGGGACAUCAAACUCGCCAUGGCGCCCCUCCCUCCUCAUUGCUUGCUCCCGAUUCCGAGAUGCAGCAGGCCAAGAUCAGCGCCUUCUUUAAGCCCUCCCCUGAUCGAAGCGACUGCGAUGGCGGGAAGCAAAAGAAUCGAGGGGAAGCAGAGGCGAAGGCGUCGAGUGGGCCAGCGACUUCAUCGUCCGAGUCCGUCGGCAAGGUCCUUAACAAGAAGCGGAGCUACGCGCAGUACCAUCUGGAGUUGGGGCAGUCCGACUUCCUUCUCCGCUCCUGCUCCGUCUGCGGAAUGAUGUACGCCUGCGGGGAUGAGGCCGAUGAGAAGUUCCACCGGUCCUUCCACAAGAACUACUACGACGGCAUCCAAUUCAAGGGCUGGCGCGACGAGAGGGUGAUCUCGACGACAACUAGUGUUGACGGCGGCCGCAUUCUAUUGGUGGUUGAUGGUGAUCCUCCGUCUCACACGCGCAAGGUCCAAGAAGUGCUUAAGACAAUGGAGAAGGAGCUUGGGUUUACUGAUGGUCACCUUCUCCACAAGCUUUGCAAGGUUUAUCUGUUUAUUGCGAAUCAUCGGAUCAUUGGCUGCCUUGUCGCCGAACCUAUAAAAGCUGCACAUAGAGUCAUACCGAGUUCUCUCUCUGGCAAAUCUUCUAAUGGUAACUUUGAGAAGACAUCUUCAGGCAAACUGACGCAGAAUUUAGAAAGGCAAUGCACGAACUUACAAUUUGGAGGGUUUAGCUUUAAGAGAGAUGUUGCCAGAAGAAGUGGUCUGACAAAUAAGACCCGGGUUGAUCAAUGGGAAACCGGAGCUGUUCUCUGUGAGGAGGAAUCUGUGCCUGCUCUCUGUGGCUUUAGGGCCAUCUGGGUUGUGCCAUCCCAGAGACAGAAGCGGAUAGCCUCUCAACUUUUGGAUUCUGCAAGGAAGAGUUUCUUGGCAGGUAAUAUAUUAGAGCCUUCGCAGUGUGCAUUCUCGCCUCCGACCUCUGCUGGGAGGGCAUUGGCAUUCAGUUUUUGCUGCAGCAAUGCAUACCUGAUUUAUAGGGAGGAUGAUGUCUGAGGAGGUAACUACUUCGAUCUUUGUGCUGAUGGAUCUUUUUGCUGAAUAAAAAUAUCAGUCAACACUGUUCCACGGAACAUAUAUCAACUAAGCAGAGGAAGAGCAAUUUUGUAUUCAAUUGGAAUCAAGCUUGCAAUCAUGAAUGGUUGAUAUUUGUUUGGAGCAUUCUCUCUGCAUGCCAAAAUGGUUACUUCCAAGCAUAUUUACCUAAUGGUGGUCAUCAAAUAGAUUUAGUAAUCUCAUUUUUACUGAGAUUAAAAAUAUAAAUGUUAUCCAAACGCAUCCGUCUAUUCGUGUAU